AUGUCAUCAGACUACACCUAUGAUGAACAGGGACAAUUCUUCCCCUUCUUCAUCCUGACCUUGACUGGACUGGUCACCCUCCCUUUAACCUAUAACCUCCUCCGCCCUAGCAAAGACCUUGAAAACACCGCCCCCCGCAUCAAAUCAGACUUCAAACCACAACAUGCCGACCUCGUCGAGGCACAAAAGCGCAAGCGUCUGCGGAAAGAGCGCCGAAUUAAGCGCAUCAUUACUGUUAUUGUCGGAUAUAUCGUGAUGGCGUGGAUGGCAUACUUGAUCCUGGUUACGGCCAGGACAACCACGAAGUUGUACGAUCCGUAUGAUAUUUUGGGUGUUUCGCGGAGCGCCGAUGAGAAAGCCAUCUCCCGCCACUAUAAGCGCCUCUCCCUGAUCUACCACCCUGACAAGAUCCGCCCCGACCCCGCCAAAAAUGAAACAAUGGAAAUGCUCAACGAGCGCUUUGUUGAACUCACCAAGGCCUACAAGGCCCUGACUGAUGAGGAAAUUCGCAACAACUACCUUCAAUUUGGCCACCCCGACGGCAAGCAGAGCUUUAGUAUUGGCAUUGCUCUUCCUAAACUCAUUGUGAUGGAGGGUAACGGCAAGUAUGUGCUCUUGGUCUACGGAGCUCUUCUGGGAGUUCUGCUGCCAUAUAUUGUUGGAAAGUGGUGGUACGGCUCUCAGCGCUACACCAAGGAGCGUGUUCUCGUUGCUAGCGCUGGAAACAUCUUCCGCGAGUACAAGGAUGACAUCACGGACGGUGGCAUUGUCGGUGCCUUGUCUUCCGGUGAAGAGUUCAAGGAUAUGCUGAGGGGUGAUCAGGCCGAGACUGGCCUGGCCAAGUUGGAGACAAAGGUUUUGGCCGAGGACUCUUCGCUUUCGGCCAAGGACCGUGAGACAAUUAAGAAAAUGGACGACUCGACUCGCCGAAAGGCGCUUGCUUUGUUGUGGGCCUAUCUCGAUAGAAUCGACCUGGGUGAUGCCUCGCUUGACUCGGAAAAAUACGAAGCAGCUCCCAUUGCUCUCUCUUUGGGUGAGGCAUUCACGGCUAUCUCGUUGGCAUUCGGCAAUCUUCGACCUAUCCUUGGUGGUUUCCAGACCUCUCAGAACCUGAUUCAGGCGGCUGUGGAGGGAGAACACUCCAAGAACCACUUGAAUGUUCAAAGUUUCAUGAACAUUCCCGAAGUCGAACGACGCAAACUCACCGUCGGUGCCGGUCUCUUGUCCGAGAAGCAAUAUAUCGAUGCCAUCUCGGUUGCACAACAAUUACCCGCUCUGGAAGUUUCCAAGGCAUUCUUCAAGGUUAUGGGAGAGAAGGUUAUCACGCCCAGCAGUCUGGUACAACUGGUCGUAAAGGCUCGGUUCGUUCCUCCGGGAUGCACAGAUGUGCCUCCUGUAAAUGAGCUGGACCUUGAGGACAUUGACCCCGAUGAGGAUGAUCUGGAUGCGCUGAUGGGCCGCAAGCCGGCCAAGAACCGCGCUACUAAACUCGUGGACGGCAAGAAGGUUGAGAACAAGGUUGAGACUAUCCAACCGCCUCUGGCCCACGCCCCCUACUUUGCCCGUGAUCACUCCCCCCGCUGGCACAUCUUCCUGGCCGAUGCCAAGCAAGGCAAGAUGGCCGUUCCUCCCUUCACUUUCACCACCUUCGACAAGCCCAUCCUCGACGAGGCCGGCAAGCCCACCUUCAACAUGCAAACUCUCAAGAUGCAGUUUCAGGCCCCACCACAGGUCGGUGACUUCAACUUUGUCAUGAACAUGGUCUGUGACAGCUAUAUGGGUCUCGAUACCAAGCUGGAAGUGACUCUGCACAUCGACGAUCCCGCCAAGGCGGCGGCCUUGGAAGAGGACGACGACAUCAGCGAACCGGAUGAGGACUCGAUUGCCGGCCAGAUGCACGCGCUCAAGACCGGCCAAGCCCCGAAGAAGAAGACCAGGAAGGCUUCCGACGACUCCAGCGAUGAGAGUGACACCGAUGGCGACGCAGGCGAUACCAGCGAUACCAACACGGAAACGGAGGAUGAGGAUUGA